AAAUCUCAGUUUCUUGUUUUACCACUUCAUUCCAUGCUACCGAUGUUUAACCAGAGAACUGUGUUUGAAAGGUUAGAUUUUUUUACAUUUUCAUUGAAAUUACACCCAACACCCACAGUGCCCUCUGUCUGAUAGUGUAGUUUCUGUUUCAAUUAACUGUUUUGAUGAACUUUUUUACACAGGCCACCCGUUGGAGUGCGCAAGAUUGUGUUAGCCACCAAUAUUGCAGAGACAUCCAUAACCAUUGAUGAUGUCGUCUAUGUGAUAAACGCUGGCAAUGAAAAAGAACAGAUGUAUGAUGCAGCUAACAAGGUGUGACCUGCCAUAAUCGCCCAUGUGGAGCCUCGUCCUUUUUAUCACUUUUGACGUCGUCAAUUUUAACACUCAUAGACAACUUUUGCACCUGAUAUGACCCUUCCAUGUACCUCUGCCAGGAAGAGGGGGCAAGAUCUUUCGAACCCUACCUGAGUGAGCUCGAUUCAUUUAAGCAGACCACGGAAAAAUGCACUUGCUUAUAAAUAAUAUCACGAUCCUCGUGGUUUUCACGGAAACGUUUCCGUCGAAAUGAAGCUCAUUAAAUGUCCAGCCAAAGGAGAAAAAACAGGAAAGAAAAGGGAAAGAAGAGGGGAGGGUACUAAGCGAAAAGUUAGUUGAGCGGGCAGAACAACUUCAUUUGUUCCGAAAUUAUGUCUUCUUCGAAUGCCCUAACUGUUUCUUGGCAUCAGGAACAAAGGGACUUAUAAUCGUUUUGCGCGGUCUUGGUUCUAUUUUUCCAGAUAGUGACCAGAAGAUGGGUCGUCGGUAAUUUCAGCGUACAGAUUUUAAAAUUUAUGGAAUAAUCUAAAAAUUAUCACGUAAAACCGUUAUAGGAGGCUAUACAAUGCGUAGGGAAGCGAAAAGGAGCCUUUUAAUGCUUAUAUUAAUAAAGUCCUUGUAGAUACACAGGCUAACCAAGCUGUUGUUUUGGUUAGGUGUCCUGUUUGGUAACAAAUUGGACAUCCCAAGCUAGUGUAGUUCAGCGGCGUGGUAGAGCUGGUAGAUGCAAGCCAGGAUUUUGCUUUAAUCUCUUCUCCAAGGAACAGUUUCAAAACAUGAGUAAGUUAUUUUGGGGAGUAAGGGUGGCGCAGGGGUGAGAGCACUCGCCUCCCACAAAUGUAGCCUGGGUUCAAAUCCCAGCGUUGACGCCAUAUGUGGGUUGAGUUUGUUGUUGGUUCUCUCCUUUGCUCCGAGAAGUUUUUCUCUUGUAAUCCGCUUUUCUCCUCUCCUCAAAAACCAAGAUUUCCGAAUUGCAAUUCAAUCAGGAAUCAGGUGUACGAAGAACCAGUUAGUGGAUGUGCUAGACCCUAAAUCGUUAUUUAUUUUAUUAUUUAUCUAAUUUGUAACAACUUGCUGCUUCAAGUUUGUCUGUCCUAUGAUUUUUGUUCUUUUGGUUCAAUUUUUUGAGUCAAAAGGCGGUUUGCCCUGGAAGUAAUAAGUUGAGUUGCGAAUUUGUGUUUUUACAGGCCCCUACCAAUCCGCUGAAAUGCAGAGAAUUUCACUGGAAGAAAUUGUCUUACAAACAAAGGUAAAUAGUAGCAAUCAUAUAUUGGCUUUCAAUAAUGUUAUAGUUUUUGUAGUAGUAAACUGAAGUUCAGUUUAAUAAAAGGCUUUUAUUUGAAUGUUCACACUCUAACCACCUCGCUGAUCUGUACAAACUACAGGAAAGUACUUAUCAGUAAGCUUUCACAUUUUAGGAUUUCAUACACAGGACUCAAAAGUUACAACCACUGACCUUGUUUAGCGUGAUAAACACUACUACAGGAAAGUACUGCUCAGUUGCUUUCAUUUGAAUGGUCACACUUAAGGAUUUCAUCCACAGAGUCAAAAGUUAGAACCACCUUAUACAGCAUAAUAAACAGUACCACGGGAAAGUACUGCUUAGUAGCUUUCAUUUGAAUGGUCACAUAUCAGGAUUCGUCGACUAGCCUGCGAAAACAGGGCUACUUUUGCAGGCUAUUCGUCCAUAGGCUGGCUCAUAAACUAGACACACCUUGUACAACAUAAUAAACAGUACCACAAGAAAGUACUGCUCAGUAGCUUUCAUUUGAAUGGUCACACUUCAGGAUUCGUCGACUAGCUAUUCGUCCACAGGCUCAUAAACUAGACACACCUUGUACAACAUAAUAAACAGUACCACAAGAAAGUACUGCUCAAUAGCUUUCCUUUGAAUGGUCACACUUUCAGAUUUCAUUCACAGACUCAGAAAUUAGAACCACCUUGUACAGUUUAAUAAGCAAUACCACAGGAAAACUUUUAUUCAAAUGAUUACACUUACGUGUUUUACGCAUACCUUCAAAAGUUGUGAUUUUAUCAAAGCUGGCAAUCUGUACGGCACAGGAAUCAAAUUUUGAUUCCUCAAAUCAAAGAGUUUUUGUUUUCUGUGAAAACUCAGUGAACUAGAUUUUUCACUUAAUUGCUGCCGUGUUUUUUUUUUAAUACGCUUGCAGAUUCAGUGUUCAGAUCCGUCAUGUAAAGUGCAGGAGUUUCUGUCUAAAGCUCUGGACCCCCCAUCUCCGACCAAUGGUAAUAAAAUCAAAGAGAUCAUGAUCGAUCAUAUUUACAUGUAUUUUGCGCAAUAUAAAUAUUAAAUUAUUAUUAUUAUUAAUAACAACUACUAGAAAGUGCUUUGUUUCGCUAUAGUGAACGCAUUAUCACUAGCCUUCGCCAGGCUCUUGGUCAGUGUAAACGAGUAAAAAUAGCGGGCAAGUAGUGAAAAUUAAAGCGAAAAACGGAGGGAAGAGAGAAGGGAACAGCCUGUAAGCAUCUGUACAAAUACCACAGUCCUCUCCCCCCUCCACGUCCCCGCCCACUUCCAGAAAAUCCUUUUCUCGUGUCAAAAUGACAGAUGUUUAAUUGUCAAAAUGUGGGUUUUAGGAGGGUUUCACAGGCUCGCCACAUUUUUUUGUUCGUCUCUGAGUGCGCGAAGCCAAGCGACCGACGUGGUUGACGUUAACUGUCAAAAUUGACCAAUCAUAGGGUAUACCAGGAGCUGGUAUUCUGGAAUGAAGUAUUGAAAACAACGCUUACAGGCUCCCCCUAUCCAUCUCUCCCCAGCUCCACCGCAACUCUUCUUGUUGUCUUGGAGCCUGAAACAGGCCACAUUAUCACUAAUAAGACCUGUCGCUCACUGGGUAAUGUCCGACGGAAACUUGUCCCUUGUCCGAUAGAAUCCUUCCCUCUGUUCGGCCUUAUGAUCGGUCAGAUAAAAUACCGUAAACUCCCGCUAAUAAUCUCCCCCACUUAUAACCUGCUUCCUCCCCCCUCAGUUAGAGGUCCAUCUACCUGUAAACAAAAAAUACAUCUUAUACUAAGCCCCCCCCGGAUUUCAGUCCCCUCCAAAUGUAUUGAAAUGAAUUUGAUUUAUUAUGAGGUUCUGAAGCUUAAAACACCAGUAAAUGCAAAACGUGUUUUGAUCAGCACUGCUCCAGCUCUAUUCCCGUUAUAACCUCCCUCGGAUAUAAGCACUCCUAAAACCCCUUACGAAGAUGUUUAAGCCGUGGGUUUAUAAGUGGCCAUUUACGGUACCCAAGACUAUCAAGCUAUGAAGCUGUAGAUUUGCAUGUUCUUAAAGUAAUUAAAUGUCAAUGAAAUGUUUUCCCAGCAACCUUCCUGGUUUGUUCGACUAAAACGGUGAUCUGGUGGGGACAAAUGUCCUCUUCCUUUAGAGAAAAAUUAUUUGCAGUCGCACUAAUGAUCUGCUUUGUUUGUUUGGUUUGUAGUUCAGAGUGCAAUAUCAGAACUACAGGAGAUUGGAGCAAUGGAUAAUCAGGUAUCUAUGCCUGUAACCUCUUACUUUUAACCCUGCUUUUAACCAUAAAUAUCGCUUCUCCUUUACAUUUGACGUUUCCUGCUAGCAGAGGCCUCUUUUCCCUGGUAUGCGGCGGGCUCUUUUCCUCCUGCCCGCCGGAUACCAGGAAAAAGAGGCUUCUCCUAGAAGGAAACAUUUGAGGUAAAACCUUGUCGAAAGAAUCAACAAGCCCAUGGAAACAAAGUUUCCUCAAAGACCUCGUAGUCAGAGAAAAUCGUAGCAUUUUACAUUCGUGGGUUCGCUGAAGCAAGGACUUGCGAGGUUAAACGCCACUACCACAUUUCCUAUACUGCACCUUUCGUUAUGUGCAUUCUAUUCAUUCUUAGUGGGUGUCCAAACGAAUGCUGGCUACAUACAUGCGACGCAUGCGUAAUAACAACCUGGAGAUCAGGAUUGUGGGCUCCUCUUGUCGCCCGCAGUAAUUUUUUAACAGUAAGAACGAUAAUUGCCUUGUUUUCGUUUGUUUCUCAGGAAGAUCUAACGGCCCUGGGAAAGUAUCUUGCUUACUUACCAGUGGAACCAAGGAUAGCGAAAAUGAUAAUUUACGGCGCCAUCUUCAGGUGUUUGGACCCCAUAUUGACAAUAGCUGCAGGGCUCAGUUACAAGGAUCCAUUUGUGACACCGUUGAACUGCAGAUUACAGGCUGAUCAGGUACCUUAACUACAGUCAAACCUCCUUGAUAGACAUCGACCAGCUCCUCUUUUUUCUUAGUCCGUCGCGCAAAAACGCGCGAGACCCGAAAAUGACCACGCGCGCGACUGAAGGCGCGAGACGGGAGAGGCACGAACUGCCGCCGCUCGCAGUCUACCUCCUCAAUUUUCUCUUUAACAAUAUCACUGCAUUAUCAAGAGAAAAAGGUGUGAGAAUUGACAAAGUGAUCACCAAAGGAAAAGUAAUUUGAUCUUUUAUCAAAUUCUUCCAACUACUUCUUUAACGAAAUGUAUGCAGAUCAGUCUGGAGAAUUUGUACAUUGAUAUUGGGGUAACUAAACUAUUGUCUCUCUCCUCCGCAGAGGCCUCUUAAUCUUUGUGUCGUAGGGAGGCUGGGGAGAGGGAAAAAGAACGCGCGCGCGCCGGUGACUACCCAGAUCUGGAUGGUGAAACAUCACCAGUAUGAGUUUACUGUGCAGGGCCGGGUUGUUCAAAGCUGGGUUACGAUAACCCAGGGUUAGUGCGAAAUUUGAAUUCAGAUAUGAAAGCCUUAAAAGUGAAUUCAGUUUAAUUCUUUUUGUCAACAAGUUGAUGAUUGGAUGAACUUAAAAAUAGGAGAAAAUUAUCCGAGAAGAUGCUUUUGAACGAAAGAAAAAGAAACCCGGGUUAAAUUUAACCCUGGGUUAACGGCUAAUCGGCCUUGGAACAACUGGGCGCUGGUUCCUCAGACGUCAGUCAUUUUGAUGGAAGACUGCUGGUUGCGUCGCAAAAUGUCGGCUGUUUUCUUAGGCUUGGAAAACACCUCUCUAAAACGAACGCAUUUCCCACUAGUGAUUUUGUUACCUCUGCGUCCUGCGUCCCUGGCGCAUAAAAAUCCCCAAAGACGCAAAUUAAUCCAUGGCAUGCGUCCCGUAGGAGGUAAAGAUCGAUCGAUCGAUCAGAACAUGUGUUUUUGUGGCAAUAUUCUGUUCGUGCAAUUACUGUGGCAGUUAUAAUGGCUGUUGUUUAACGAUGCAUAUUUCACUGAACAUUUUUUGCGCUUUGAAAUAGACGGACUAUAAUUUAAUUUCAGUAUACUGUAAUACAGAGUUUUGGAGUCUUUCUUCAGAUUAACUGUCUGGUUACCUAAACGCCAAAGCAUUUUCAAUUUUGGACUCGUUUUUUGAACCAGGACUCAAUGGGUCGGUUAUUUAAACGAAGUCUAGCUUAGACCGCGAUUUAGCAAAUCUUUGGACCCUCAGAUCUCUUUCGUAGUGGGUUAUUUUAAGAAGAUAAAUGCUUUACUACUCUACUGUAUACGCUUUCAUGAAACUGUCCACGAUAAAUCGUGUUUACAUUAAAGCGUUUGGGAACUGAAAAAUGACUGAGACCGUGGUUUUGUUAAAUACUGGCUAAACUCCGUGUAAAUAACUGGCCCAGGACACACCAUCACUAUUUGUAACAAACUCAUUGAUCUCCGGUUCCAUUGAUGCAUUUUUUUAAAUUAUUUUGUCAUUGUAGUCUCGGAAAGCCUUUACGCAUGGUAGCAAGAGUGAUCACGUGGCAUUACUGAACGCUUACAAUGGAUGGACGGAAGCUUUGAACCAUGCAAGGGCCAGAGAGUUUGUUGAACAGCGGUUUCUUCAUUGGGGCACGCUCAACAUGAUAAGCGGUAUGUAACAGUAAUAUGUAACAGUUAACUACAGUCCUGGUCAAAAUGUUUGUGACACUGUGUUUCAGGUGAAGAAAAUGCAUUUCAAGUUGAUCCCCCCCCGCGUUUUGUGAGUAAGUAUUGCCCGUUUGCAGCAAAUUCCAUUUAAAAACACGUCAAAAAGGGGUUGUGUCCCAAAACCUUUUGGCCAGGAUUGUACACACCCCACAACUCUUUGAAGCCCUGUACAGACGGACGCAGGGAGUUGUUGCGUCCGUUUGCACCUAGCAAGUUUGACCUGUUUUAAACUUUGCGUGCAACAACUACCAACAACACGCAACAACAUGCAACAGGGUGUUCAAACGGACGCAACAUGUAACAUCCAACGAUGUCUGUCAUUUUGCUAACUAGUUGUGUGCAAUUCGCGAGAGCUGAUGCCGCCCCGCAUCCUCACAGACCUUAUAUUUCCGCAGCUCUUUUUCUCGUUUGUAUGUUGCUGGGUAUGGUAAUGUAUGACAAUGAGUUUGAAACAAAGGAAAAUAAAAUUUAAAAUCUAAAAUAAAUAUCAAUUAAUACACCAAUUUUUCUCUUCUUGUUCUUAAAAAGUUAAUUCAAAUUUUUGUUGAAGUAAUUAUAUUUAACAGAAUUGCUAUUUAAGAGGCAGUCUCCCUAAAAGCGGUCCACUCGAUUUCGCGACAAAAAAUACUUUUCCUUUAUUUUUUGUCGGUGAAGAGGCUUUAGUAGGUGUAUACUAAAAUCGCUAUUUUUGUUUUCAAAUUCUUAUUCUUAGCUCUGCUACAAGCCAAAAACGAAUUGAGUCCGUCUCGGCUUCUCAGAGAGUGUUUCGAAGACUAAAAUUGAUGGAUUUUGAAAAGCGCGUUGUAAACAACCGAAUGCCCGCACAAAAAAUCUGUUCGAUUCAGUUUUUUUAGUUAACCUUCGAUAGUUCACAGGCUAAAUAAAAAUAUCUUUGAUCAAAACAUGUUCAAGUUACAGUGGUUCACAGAAUACCUAUUUUGCAGGCUUGAUCGAAACCUUGAAAGUAAAGAAGAUUUGAGGGAAAAUAUCUCAAAAGUUGCGGCCUAAAUCUGGUUUAAAGAUCAUUUCAAAGUAAAGUUUUUAGCUUAUUUUUUUGGUUUAUAGGCUCAGACUUGCGGGUAUCUUCUGGGAUUACAACCAACAGUAGAUUAUAAUCUGCCAUUUUGCGUAUUUGCAUAAUUACUGGCCGUGUCAGAUGUCAUGAUUGUACAGGUUAAAAGUUCCAUGAAAUUGCCUCUUUUGACACUUGAAUUCGUCUCCGGCCUCUAAAAGAAAGUAAUCAAGCUUCUUUAAGUACUUUUGAAUCGAAAGAGAUAUACUAGCAGGGAUGGUCAUGCAUGUUACUGAUCACCAAGAUCAACUGGCGGGCGCCAUCGUCUUGUAACUGUUGUAACUACUGCACUGAACAGUAAACAAUGUUUUUAAUAGAAUUCUCCAGAUCAGAAGUUGAUCCAAGCUCUCUAAGUAAUGAAAAUAGAUAUCACUACCCCGGGAUACAAAACAUGCACAAGAAAGGCAACGUAGAAUUUUAAGUUCUUUCCGCAAUUUCAGAGUGAAUUUCACCGCGGUGCAUAUAAAAGUCCAUGAAUUAUUGUAAUAAUCAGGCUGUUUAAAAACGUUUGACGCACAACAAAAGCAAUUAGUCAUUUACCGUUUUAUCUGUUCUCGGUAAAUAAGACGCUUACCUUUACUUUAGAUUCUUGAUGGAAGAAGUCUAUCCAGGCAGCUGAAGUUAUGCAGUUUCGUUUCAAAAAUCAAAUCAUAGCGUGAUAGUGUCACGUAAUGUUAUGGUCACGUGGCUACGUAACCCGUCGGCGGCCAAAAUCUUUGUGAUAAACGAAAUUUGUGUUUCUCUCCAGAAAAAAAAAGCCCUAAUUGAAUGAGUUUUUCCUCCUUAAAUUGCACAAAAUGCGUAUCACACCAAGGAAUUUGUAUUGGUAAUGAUAUCAUUUUCUACGGCAUGGUACCACUGGCCUUAUUAAUCCUCGCCCAGGCGUUUUUUUUUUUUUUCGCGCGACCCGAUGAGGAUGGCAGGCAACCUCUCCCUUGGAAUCACUUUUUGACUCCCCCAACUCCCGGUCAAUCGAAAGUUCAAAUCGAUCACACAGCAAAAUACGUCUUGCAGGCUAUAUUAAUCCCUUCCGUUAAAACGUUUUCAAGAAUCACGUUAGUAUGCCAACGAGGUGUAAGGUUGGCUUUAGGUGCAUUUUUUGAACCCUCUUUUAUCCGUUCAUUUCAAACCAGUUUCUUGUAAUGACUAUUUUGGCCUCUUAUAUGGAACAUUUCUAACAUUCACGUACAGUAUAAAGGAUUAGAGAGGUGACCUACCAACCCUUUUGCCCAAACCUGCCAGGUCGCUAAUUGUAAUUGUUGCACAUGAGGAUUCAUUUCUCGGGCUUGGCAAAGCAUAAUUUUUAGAGCAAAAUUUGAUUCCUGUUUUUCAAGUUUGUUGCUUGAAGAAGUGAAAUCGCAUGUGCAACAAUUGAGAUUAGGAACCUGGUGGGGUGGCCUGUGCUACCUGGUCUCUAAUCCCUUAUGCUGUCAACUUAGAAUGUCCCAUAUAAGAGGCCAAAAUAGUUAGUACGACAAAAAUGCACCUACAGGGAGUCUUGUAGUUUCCAUGUAGAGUAUUUUAAUGUGACGUCUUGUUGACAUCCGGGUUACGUGAUUUUGACGUUCUAAAGGAGAGAGGUCUGGCCGGGGGUUUGGGUUUUCAGGUAUCUGGGCUCAAUUUUGUUCAGGUUUACGGAAUUUUAGUGCCACGAUAAGGAUAUAAAUUAUCUUUUUUUUUUCUAAAUUUUUGAUAUUAAGACACAAUUUUUUAUGUAAAUAUACCGUAUUUAUUCGAAUAAGCGCCCAACCUCGAAUUAGCGCCCACCUCGAAUAAGCGCCCAUGCUAAAGGCAGAAAAAGUUAAUAAGCGCCCAGCCUCGAAUAAGCGCCCACCCCACCCCACUCCCUCCCACAAUAACUCCAAUAAGAGAUAAUAAGAGACCCUCCUGAAGACGGAGUUUUCUUCAGAGUAUUUUACAGAAACCUUGCUUUGCUACAUCUUCACUUUUUGUUGGUACCAUUUACUGUUUUGUUGCAAAAUAUACUACUACACUUGCUGAGAAUGGUGAAAAUUUAAUAAGCGCCCAGCCUCGAAUAAACGCCCACCUCGAAUAAGCGCCCACUCUCAAGGUCCAAAAAUUUAAUAAGCGCCCAGGGCGGUUAAUCGAAUAAAUACGGUAAGUUGUCACACUGAUCAAAAUAUGCUGACCAAAAGUUCGCAUGGGCUGGCAAAAGAGGGAAUCUGCCGGAUUAGACUUGCAUGACCGAAUUGCAGUGAACCGAUAGUUAUACAGUUUAUCUGGGUGUGUUGUUUCUCAGCAAACUGUCUCAUAAUCCCGAUUUCUUCCAAUAUUGCUUGAUGAAACGUGUAUGAAGUGCCGUUCUUCCAGUUCAAGUGGCUUUCAGUGUGUCAAAAUAUCGAAGAAUAUAUUCCAGUACUUGUUGUAGGAUCUGAUGGGCCACCUAAGCCCAAGAAAAAUUAAGAAGUGCCACUGUCAAUUUCCAUCUACGUCCCAAACUUUUUCUUGAUGAAGCUUAAUGCUAAAAAGUGUAAAGAGCCACGUUUGUGUUUCAUAAAGCGACCCUCAGCUACCCACUUUACGAAUUGAUCAACAAGUACUCAAAACAGUUCGUUCGCACAAGGUUCGAGGCGGGGGCGGGGAGUUGCCCAGGAAACUGGUGCAAUGGACCUUGCGGCUAUCUACGCCGCUGUUUUACGUUCCGUCCUAGAGUACAGUGUUGCGUGGCUUGAUAUAACGCCCUUCCUGCCCAUCUGCCUAGUACUAUAGAGCGCGUCCAAAUGCGAGCUUUAAGGGUAAUAUACCUUCGGAAGCUUUACAGUUUCCUAGAGUCGUUAGAGUUGAGGACAGGCGCAGUGGGCUGUGUAUGAGCUCUAUAAACAAAGGCAGGACCUUGUCAACCUGUGAUUAAAGAUCAUUUAUCUGUUUAUUUUAUUUGUUUAUUUAAUAUUUAAUAUUCACAGUAUUCUUCAGUCGAUUUAACAACAUCUUUUACUUAAAUUGUUCGCUCAGAACACAUAGCCUGCGUAGCAGGCGCUUGGAAGUAGUGGGUGCAAGAAAGAACGGGCGCGCGAGAGAGACACGCGGAGACACCCGUUCUUUCUUGCGUCCACGACUUCCAAGGGCCUGCUACGCAGGCUAAGAACACUAUAGAAAUGGCGUCUCUAGGGGAGCAUGCCGCCUUACCCCGCCCGUAGCGGCUCGCUCCUUGCCUUGAACGCUGAUACUAGAUUCUGGGAUAAAUAUAAAAGGUUGGACGGUCUGUCUCAGUCCUGAAAUACCUUAUUUAGGUAUAUAGUAUUCUUUUUCAAGGUAAUUUCAGGCAUUAGGUAUCAAACGUUUUACAAAUCUUUAGCUAUAUUGGUAUCUUAUGAGGACAAAAGCGGGUAUGUUGGUAUCCCACCGUCCCCCACCCUCACCCCCUCUAUGCGGGCCGGGCCUGAAAAUAUGGAAGGGCGGAGUCCAUGCCGUGAAAAUAAUGAUUCAUUACCAAUACAAAUUCCUUGGUGUGAUAUGCAUUUUGAGAAGCUUAAGGAGGAAAAACUCAUUCAAUUAGGCCUUUUUUUUCCGGGAGAGAAGCAGAAAUUUCGUUUAUCACAAAGAUUUUGGAGCACGACGGUUUACGUAGCCACGUGACCAUAACAUUACGUGACACUAUCACGCUAUGAUUUGAUUUUGAAACGAAACUGCAUAACUUCAGCUGCCUGGAUAGACUUCUUCCAACAAGAAUCUAAAGUAAAGGUAAGCGUCUUAUUUACCGAGAACAGUAAAUGACUAAUUGUUUUUGUUGUGCGUCAAACGUUUUUAAACAGCCUGAUUAUUACAAUAAUUUAUGGACCUUUAUGCAGCACGGUGAAAUUCACUCUGAAAUUGCGGAAAGAACUUAAAAUUCUACGUUGCCUUUCUUGUACAUGUUUUGUAUCCCGGGGUAGUGAUAUUUAGUUUCAUUACUUAGAGAACUUGGAUCAACUUCUGAUCUGGAGAAUUCUAUUAAAAACAUUGUUUACUGUUCAGUGCAGGUAGUUAGAAGACGAUGGCGCCCGCCAGUUGAUCGUGGUAAUCAGUAACAUGCAUGACCAUCUCUGCUAGUAUAUCUCUUUCGAUUCAAAAGUACUUAAAGAAGCUUGAUUACUUUCUUUUAGAGGCCGGAGACGAAUUCAAGUGUCAAAAGAGGCAAUUUCAUGGAACUUUUAACCUGUACAAUCAUGACAUCUGACACGGCCAGUAAUUAUGCAAAUACGCAAAAUGGCAGAUUAUAAUCUACUGUUGGUUGCAAUCCCAGAAGAUACCCGCAAGUCUGAGCCUAUAAACCAAAAAAAUAAGCUUAAAACUUUACUUUGGUAUGAUCUUUAAACCAGAUUUAGGCCGCAACUUUUGAGAUAUUUUCCCUCAAAUCUUCUUUACUUUCAAGGUUUCGAUCAAGCCUGCAAAAUAGGUAUUCUGUGAACCACUGUAACUUGAACAUGUUUUGAUCAAAGAUAUUUUUAUUUAGCCUGUGAACUAUCGAAGGUUAACUAAAAAAACUGAAUCGAACAGAUUUUUUGUGCGGGCAUUCGGUUGUUUACAACGCGCUUUUCAAAAUCCAUCAAUUUUAGUCUUCGAAACACUCUCUGAGAAGCCGAGACGGACUCAAUUCGUUUUUGGCUUGUAGCAGAGCUAAGAAUAAGAAUUUGAAAACAAAAAUAGCGAUUUUAGUAUACACCUACUAAAGCCUCUUCACCGACAAAAAAUAAAGGAAAAGUAUUUUUUGUCGCGAAAUCGAGUGGACCGCUUUUAGGGAGACUGCCUCUUAAGUCGUUAAAAUCACAGUUUUAACCGUUUAAGCCCUAAAAGUGAUCGGCAUCAAAUUUCUCCUUGUAAUAUCAAUGCUUUGUAAAACAGAGUGGUCAUGAGAAUUACAGACAUGAUCACACAAGAUACUGAUAUUUUAUCAACUUCUCCCCUUUACUUCUGUAGGAAAUAAAUAGGGGCAACAAAUGAGAAUUCAAAUUUUGAUCUCAGGGUUUAAAGGGCUAAUCAUAAUUAUAUGGACUUCGUAUUUAAAAAGUGAUCUAUCCCUUCCAUAUCCCAAGUUAACGUCUUGCCUCUUAUUGUUAAAACUUUUCACAUUAUACACGGUACGUUUGUUUCUUCUUAGAACUUAAAUUUGUGUCUAUACAUUUCAUUGACUAAUAUUGCUUUUUAUUGAACAGUUCUAUAGCGUUGCUUGUCGCUAGUUGUCUACAGUUACAGUAUAUUCAUUAUUGUUACAAUUCGUGUCCACAACUGAUAACAAGUGCUACUGUUAAUCAGUUAACGGUGACUAAUUACCGGUCAUAAUAUUGCUGUUUUUGUACAACUUUCGCUCCCACAAGACUCUUAAUCACGUGUGCAAUUUUUUUGAUUUGAAAUUCAGUCCCUCUUCCUAGCUUUUGAGAAGGCGCGCUCUUAGCUUACGUUCUUUCUUACGAACGCCUUUGGCGUCUUGUUACUACUUUUUUCUUCUUUUUACAUCCCUUCCUAGCUUUGUAGAACGCGCUUAAAACACGGUUGAACUCUCAUGAACUCGCGAGUUCUCUUUCGUCUGCUGACUAGAUGUUGUCGCAGGCUAUUAAAUUUUUUGCUUCAUCUCUUUUCUAGAACGCGUGUUUUUAGUACACGUUCUUUCUCCGCAAACUCACUUAUCCUUUUGCGUCUUCUUUCUAAAUAUCUCGUCUUCCUACAUCCCCUCCUGGCUUUCCAGAACCCGUCCUCUUACUGCACGAUCCUUUUUCACGAACGCACGGUUCUCUUUCGUAUCCUGACUAGAUUUCCUUUUGCCUAUAUCCCUUCCUGUCUUUCGAUGGAACUCGCGCGCUUAGUGUACAUUCUCUCUCGCGAACACACUUGUCCUCUUGGGUCUUUAUUCUCGAUUUCUCUUCUUACGUCCCUACUCCUCUAGACAAUAGUUUCAGGUGCUUUGGAAAUAUCCACAGUAGACAGCGGUAUAUAAACAUUCUGAUUGGAGCACUUGAGGUUGUUGAGCUUUUGAUUGGAAUGCGAUCGCGAUACCGGAACUUGCUCUCCGUUCAUGUCAAUGGUGUACUUCCUGCCUAGUACUUUAAAUACAGCGAUUCUAAUGUCCUUUAAACGGAAGCAGUACACGAAUGGAUUCAGAGAAGAGUUCAGGUAGACGAUGGUGGCCGUGAAGUUGUAGAUGAUGUUCAAUCGAGGGCCUCCACCUCGACGCAUUUUUACUACAAGGGCGCAUAAGAAAGGAAUGAAGCAGGCGAGAAAGAGGCCAAGUACAUAUAGCAUGGUGACUGCGGAGCGUUUGAAAGUGUUUAUGUUGAUCCCUGACGGGUUCAGAUGGCGCUGGUCUUUGGUCUUGCUCUGCAGCAAACGAAUCUGGUAACAAAAAAAUUAUCAAAAUCAUAUAAAGGAUAAUGAUCAUCACGGUUAUGAAAGAAAUAAAACGAUAUUAAAUUCGAACUCAUGACCUCUGCGCUGACUGUGCUCUGGGAUUGGGUGUAGAGGGGUGAUGGAUGAUGGUGGGGGAUGGGGGGGGAGGAGCUGACUUGACGAAGUUUUUAUUAUACAGGGAUACUUUGCCCCGAGGCCCCUACCCUUCCCCUUUUAUAUAUCACUUUAUCCCCCCGUCUGGAAUGAGUUGCCCAGCGACGCGCCAUUUAGGUAUAAUCGAGUUAUCAGAAUUUUACAGUAACUAUGGAGUCCAUAGUAUAAAUUACGAUUGCUAUUAUUUAGUUUCAAAGAACGCGACAUCUGCUCUUACAGAUGGACACGUACGCUUUGUAAAAACCAACAUGACAUUAUUGAAUUUACAUGACAGAAAAUUUUUCAACACUCUUUUUUCCUAUGAAACCAUUUUAAGGCUGUAAGUGUACUUUAUUCAAAUUUCACUACAAGUAAUUUAAGAGAACCGCAAUUACUCAAAACAGCGAAAAAAAGGAGCGCGGUUGCGAUUUGGAUGGGGUAAUUCAGCUAACUCGUUCAUGUAAGAGAACGGGAAUACUUGAGAGAUAUUCCCACUUUUCGCCUUGAAAACCCCUUUUGUUGUUUUUUAUCGCUUUUUUUCACUUUUUUUAGUUGAAGGUUUCGUAAAAUAACUGUGAAUGCUGCUGGCACUAUGAGGAUUAGGCCAUGCAGGUGGUCGAUGAAUUUGCCCGUGGGCUGAAAGAGCUGCCUUGUAUUUCCAUUCUUUUUUUAGAUUGACACAUUAAGUUUCUUAUAAUAAGUAACGUGGGAGUUAAUUGUUCAGCAGCCUAAAAAACUGUAGCCAUUAUGACUAGUUUGGAAUAAAAGAAAGCUUAAAUAUCUAUUUUAGAAGGCCAUAUCCAUUCAGACUCGGGAAAGCAUUCUUACAGUAAAUAUUGACAGCAUGGAGACUAUGUGAUGAUAGAAUUAGAUCGAGUACCAUCUUUAAAAAAGUCGCAUCCGCUCAGCCUUAAAUAAGCUAUAUAUUGCUUUCCAAUGUAAAUAGGUACAACCAUCGUAUGUGUUACUAUUCAGACUUUAUUUUUUCCAAAAGGAGAGUGACAUGAAUUUUCGCCAUCAGAAUUAGAUCUUCGCAGUAAAAAGCAUUUCUAUCCCGGGGGGGGUAGUCAAUAAAUGUUUACGUGGGGAGGCUCCUACCCUUUCAUAUACCUGAAGCCUGAAAAAGCUAGGUAGCCCUUUCGGGCGGAGUCUCCCUGUAUAGGCCAUCAUGAGGAGUACCCCCCCGGAGUUCUAUUAAACAUCGAGGUGGGUUUAUCCUGGUUGUGUUUCAGUGUAGGUCUUUUUUUUAUUGAGAAUGAUCUGCGAAUUAGUAUAUUGUCUCUUACUACAUGUUCGCAUUUUUUUAAAUUGUGCGUUACCCCAGCAGAAGUUAAUAGAACCUUCCACGUUUUUUUUUCAUCUUUUGAUAAAAAGCAGUAACCAAAUAUCUAUCGACACUGCUGGCGGGAAAGAGAGUCUUAAAGUUAUUUAACUUACCAAGUAUAAAGGUGAUGAGAGAGCGAAGGUAUUGCCUCCAUAAAGUCGCAACAUUUACUGACUUUUUAAUUAAUUUAAUUAUUGUAUUGUGUGGGGGAUGAAAUUUCCCCCCAUCAUACAAACGUCUGUAAUUCCGCGACUUUGCAAAGCUAUAUCUUUUUCAGUUUUCAACAAAUCGCUUUCAAACUCUUCUUGGUGAUUUUACUGAUUUUUUAAGGCUUUCUCUCCAGCCGUGUUGACAGAAAUGUUGGCAGGGUUUUAUUUAAUAUUGAAAAUUGUUAAAGGUAAAAAGAAACAAAGAGAUUUACCUGAAGAUAAAUUUUUGAGUAAGCUGCUACUGUAAUGGCCAUACUCAUGGCAUCCAUAACUACGAUUAUUAUGACAAGAGCGUCGUACGAAGCUCCCGAGAAGCGAGCGAUUAUCAAGGAUAUACAGACAAGCCAGAAACUGGACACGACCAUCAAGAUGCGGCGAUUUGUGACUAAUUCUUCGUAUCUCAAGUGCAGCUUUAUUGCGAGAUAUCUCUCAACCGAAAUAGCGGUUAUGACCAGGAAGGACACUCCUGCGCAAAUCCACGAUAGUGAACCGGUUGUUAAGAUUUCCGCCACGCAGAACGCUCGCUUAUUUCGUUGAAUCUCGAAGAAGAUUUCCAGAGCGUUUGUCGGUUGCACGACUAGACCCACCAAGAAAUCGGAGAACGCGAGGCAGCAGAGUAGCGUAUUUGAAGGUGUUCGUAGCGCCGGUGUCUUCCACACUGCCAGUAGGAUCAACGAAUUGCCAGCCGUGGCCGAUAGAGCAGUUAGGGUGUUGAUCACGAUCAAAACGACGUUGGUGACAUACGUAGAUGUCAAAUCGUACCAUUCUUCGUCCAGAUGAAAAGGACAGUGUAUUUCGGUCGCGUGCGGUUCGUCGGAUGAAGUAACAGCCAAGGUCGGGUUUUCCAUGCUCAGGCGCUCUGUCCUUUGUGUGCUUCGCGUGUCUUAAGCUUCUUAGAAAAAUGAGGGGUUUCGUAGAAGAUAGAGGAAUUUGACGAUUAGCUUCUUUCCUGUUUACGGGCGUUAUUUGGGGUUUGGAAGUUCCGAGAACUAAUGUUAUCAUCAAUCAAACCUACCGCCAGCUCACUGUACAACUUCCUAUGUCUCGCUCCAGUUGAUCUGUCUUUUAAAUGAUUUAUGCUAAUAGUUUCCUCUGAGCCUGAGAAACCGUCGAUGAACCCACAAAGUGCUUUCCUUUGUCAUCCUUAUUUAAUUAUUAAUUAAAUUCUAUUCAGCACGAGACUACUAGUUCAUUUUCUGCAUUGAUAAGCAAGGAGUUCAAUUUAUUUGGUCUGUGUGACCUCUAAGCCGCAGUCGGUCCUACUGUUUCUUUUCGCUGCUUAUCUUUUUACGUCUUGUUUUGUUCGUUUUCGACUCCUUUGUAAACAGUGUUUUCCGAAUUUAUUACAUUUUCAUUACUUUUCUUUUCUAAUUUUAAUGGAUGGUGCUUAUGAAAACAAGAAUACCUUUCAUCUAAACUAAAUGUGUCACGAAUAUUUUUACACAUAUUGCUUCAUUAUUGACUUUUCAUUUUUCAACCUUGUCAGUUUUAAGGUUCUCAGAACAAUUCUUCAUCUGCUUGCAGUUGUUGAGACUUCUAGUUAGUGAAGGAGAAAUACUUUCGAGGCAACGUACAGUUUAAGCGAUGUUUUUGAAACAAAGAUAUUAACGAGACAUCAAAGCACUGUAUUUUUCUUUUUAGCGCGUUUGGAGGUAAAGUAACAUCCGUUGACGUCACACAACAGAUGCGAAAUGAAUCUUUCUUUUUCUUUGAGGAAAAUGUACAACUCGCUCUGACGCAACGCAAAGGCGGGACCAUUACUGACGUGCUUCAGUAUCAAAUAACACCCCCACCGUAACCCUCAAACAAACACACCAUUUCAUUUUGUUUACCCUGGGUUUAUAGUCUUUAGCCGAGUUGGCAAACUCAUUAUGGUAGAAUAACGUAUUUCACAUGCCAUUUUCUACCCAGAAUUUACAGCAGGAUUCCACUAUUAUAACUCCUGCAUGCUGAGAGGCGAGACUUUCAUCUCAGUGUUAAAGUAGCCCUUAAAUCAUUUUACUCCAGUCAUUGGCCUGAAAACCUUAGGUCAGAGCUGUACGUGCCUGCGAGAGCUCUUCGAUCUAGUGAUGAGCGUAGAAUAAGCACCUGCACACACCUGAAUUUUAACUGAUUACCACGAAAUUAAUCGCCUAUACAAGGUACUGCAUCCAAAGCUUUUAACUCUGAUGGAAUCAACAAGAUUAUGCUCUGAUUACCACGAAAUUAAUCGCUUAUCCAAGUCACACUUUAAAAGAAACGCCGAAGAAAGGCUCCUUGAAUAGGCGUAUAGUUUAUUUUAAAAAGUAUUUGGAACAUUGUUUUCUAAUUUCAAAGUAAUUUUUUUUACUUUUUCUUUUUUGUAGUUAUUAGCCUUAAAUUCGUAGGUCACAGCUGUACUUCCGUGCAAGAGCUGCACGCACUUGAUACUAUAAAUUUCAGUACUUCCCAGGCUUUUAACUCUUUGACGGCAUCGAUAUCUGAAUGUGCCCUAAUGAUCAUGAAAUCAAUCGCCUACUCAAGUCAUACUAUAAAGGAAAAGUCCAAGAAAGGCUGGGCUGCGUACAGUUUCUUUUCGUAGAGUAUUUGGUAGCUUUUACUUUGUAAGUUUACUUGAAUAUUUGAUUAAUUUUUUCUUAAAUUCGUUCUGUAUUAGUUUUUUGUUCUAGGUCCUUGGCCAAUAUGUGUUUUAAUUUGAUAAGAAACUAUUAUUAUUAUUAUUAUUAUUGUUAUCUUUAAUUAUUCAAAAUACUUUACCUAAAUCUUUUAAAAAGCUGCACACAAAACUUCAGUAAAAUUUUCAUAAAAAGAAAACGUCAAUAUCAAUACAUUAUUAUCUUUAAUGUAAUAUCAUAAUACAACAUAAUAGCCGAGCCCAUUCCUUGGGCCUAGGAGAGUGCCUUUCGUAGGAUGUGAGAUGUUCCAAGUAGUGUGAUCUUCUGUGGUUCAUGUAUUUUGCUGUUACCCGGGAUUUGUUGUAUAUAUUUCUCCAAUCCUUUCUUUGUUAGUCCAAGGACUCCUGUCACUACAGGAAUUGUUGUGGCUUUCAUCCCCCACAUUGUUUCAAUUUCGAUUUCAAGGUCUUUAUUUUUUGACAGUUUUUCAGUUACAUGAACUGAAGUAUUCUUUUCUGUGGGGGUGGACAUAUCAAUAAGCAGGCAGCUUUUUUCCUGUUUGUUCUUGAUAACGAUGUCUGCUUUGUUGGCCUUUAUCUCACUAGCUGUCAGUAUUUGCAAGACUGUGAUGUUGUCAGCCUCGUACCCAGGCCUGUUCGCGCUAUCCGAGUUACCAGAGUAGGCUUGGAACCGAGCGCGACUGUUUGGGGCUCAUGCUCGUACCAUUUCUCGUUUCCCGCGUUGUGAAAACUUCUGUCUUAUGUAAAAAUUUUGAAUUGAAAAAAAUAUAUAGUCGCUUAUGAGAGCCUCGACUGUACUUGUAAAAAUUUUCCUUUUUCUGCGUUUCACCACUCGGAUCAAAAUAGGCCAUUUGCACUAAGAGGUCAUGUGACAUCGUUUUUAUGAAAAUGAAAGUUAUAUGUUUUUGCCUCAGAAAAACGAUUAGUGGGUCAUAUCUUAAACAAAAUAAUAGUGAUUUCGUUUUUCAAACCUGCACCAUUUUCUUAAAAUGAGUAAGUUCGUAGUUGGUCACGUGACCAGAAUGGGAUUUUUUUUAAAAUUCUGAAUUACCUCUUUCUGAACGCAAAUUUUGCACUUUAGCUUCAAGAAAAAUGUUGAAAAGAUGGUGUGUUAUUGUUUACAGCUCGUCUGAACAUAACUAUCAAACGUUUAACAAGAUAUAAGCGAAAAGUAGUUUUGGCCGCCUUGUUGGAGGGCAAGAGUAUGCCCUCCAACUUGGCGGCCAAUACAACUCAUACUACUUUGCUGAAAAAUCAAAGUGCCAUAAAAUAUUUCCCUUAAAUGCGUUUCCUCUCAAAUUUCGGGUGUAAGAUAAUUUUUAUGUGCUCUGUCAGUUUUUGGCAUCAGCAAGAUUCCAACUCAUUGUUUAAAGGAAGCAUGGUCACCUGACGAAUUAGUGCAUCCCUAAUCUCGUACCCAGAUCUCCCACGGACAGAGUGAGAUCUGGAUAUGAGAUUACCUGGUCCUUAGGUCUAAAUUUUCCCCCGCGGCUUAUGCGCUUCGGAUCACGUGGUCCAAGCGACUGUUCGUCUCGGAUACGUCACCUAAAUGCAUUGACCGAGCACAGCGAAUACUCAUCUCAUGUUUAUUUUGACAGGUAUGCGUGACCAACUCCGCCGACUUCUGGAGAUGUCAGGCCUGAUAACCAGCUUCCAUAUUGGUCACACGAUCAAUGCCUUCAGUAAAGAUUUGGAACUAGUUAAGGUGAGAUAACUCAGUUCCAUUAGCACCCGUUUUGACUUCAUCUACUUGUUCUUUUUCUGUACAUUUCUUAUAGAGAAAACCUCUUAGAUCAUACGAAGAAGUCCAACAAAUACAACCUUAAACACUUUUUUUCUGUCAUAGAGGUCAACCGCUGAUCAGAAAACGAAAACAAAAUUUGCUGAAAUUUCUAAGUUCUCUCCUUGGCUCAAUCACUUUUGUUGUAAAUUGUAACUUUAUGUUAAAGCUUUUGCAAUACUGUAAUUACAUAAUUAUAGUCAUGCAAAUAAAGCUUAUGUUGUUGUUGUUGUUGUUGCAUACUUGGGAACCCCUUAGUACUUCAGUUUAAAGCUCUAAUGGUUGAAACCUUUCUCGCAGAGGUGGGUUGGGGUGCAGUCACUUUAUACAUCUAUUGGGGUGGGUGUGUCUGUAAACCUUCUUUUCACACCAGAUCAUAUCUAGCCUAACGUUAGAUGAAAUUCUGUGAUGUAUGCAGUACAUCCUAUCCCAUAUUAUUUUAAAAAGUAUGCUCUUUAAAGAUACGGUCCUCUUAAAUAAUUUAGCCUCAUACGUUCCUCACAGAGAGCUGACUCUGUUUACCGUUCUUUAUAUCGUUGUUGUUGUUGUUUUUUUUGGCACGGUAGGGGCGUAUAUGCCGUUGAUUGAGAGGGGAGUUUAUCUGAGGAGAAGAGAUUCAAUUCACCAUUUUCAUAUAGACCAUAAUGCACCUUAUUUACCCCCAAUUUUGCAUCAUCGUUGUUUCCAAUUUCUCCUGGGUAUUGCAGUCGUUCGAAGAGAAAUCGAAGACGAUGGCUAUGCAAAAUUUUGCGGGGAAGACAAGGAGCAUCAUGGUCUAUGUGAAAGUAGUGAAUUCAGUAAAUUGCUCGUGAUUUUUCCGGGAUUUUUUUGCAAGUGUGAAUUUUGUAUUUUUCAGGAAGGUUAUCGAUGUUUAACUAUUUUCUCUGUGUUUCCUCGUAGGCAAUAGUAUGCGCGGGUCUUUUUCCUAACGCGGUGAAAGUGGGUCUUGGUAUAGAGUCCAAGGGAAAAUGUGGCAAAAAGCGAGUCAGGCUGGCCUUCAGGACCAGGUGAUAAACAAGUGAAAACUGAAAAUAUUUUAGGCAUUGAAAAACACUGUAUGGAAAUUUGUGUCAAAAGCACUGUGAAUUCUCUCUCCUCCACAGGAGAGGCUCCCUCUACAAUUCCAAUAAAAUUGUUCAAAAAAUUAGGCUCGCGAGUGACGACGGGAAGAGGGAAGGGAUGUCCAACCGUCCCCUGCGCGCUUUUACCCCUCUCCCCAGCCUCCCUACACGAACAGAGGAAUCUGCGGAGGAGAGAGCUCUGGACUCCUGUUAGUGCCAAGGGUCAAUUGAAUUUUAUUGCACCCGUCUUGAAGGAAGGAGACUGUGCUGGGUAAAAGAUGUCGCAGAAAGAAAUGAUAUGUCAUGCAAUCCAAGCAAUUGUUAGGAGUGGGCUGAAAGAAACGAGAUUAUAUCCACCGUUUGCGAUGAUACAGAGCUGAGAAGAAGAAGUCACAUUUUAAGAGUCACCGUUUAAUGCGAUAGUUAAAAUUCAGUCCAAGUUAAAAACAAACUUAUUUUGUAAUGUCUUCUUAUCCUUCGAUCGCUACGCAAAGAGGGAGGUAUAGUUAGUCAGUUAGAAAUAGACCUUCUCUUAAAUACAGUAAUUUUACCUUACGGAAGGUUCGACUGUACCUGAUAGACCUUGUUAACACUCUUAUUUCAGUUCAUGUGACUCUAGUCAGAGAAGAAAUGUCUGUCAAAAUUGAUCUUAUUCCUCGCCAAUAAGACAAGAGAUCAUAUCACGUGAUUUUUGGUGUUCACUGUGUUAAGUAAAGCGAUUGUCACAAGUAUCGUCCGGUAAUGUCAAGCGGAGAAAUGAUAGUCUUUUAUUCUGUUUUUCUCCACAGAUCUGAUGGACGGGUAGCUAUACAUCCUUCAUCAGUUAACUCUGACGAGAAACAGUUUGCUAGUCAGUGGCUGGUGUAUCACGACAAAGUAAUUUUUAUUGAUCCGUUAAGAUUCAUUUUUUAGAACAAUAAUAAUAAUGAUGAUAAUAAUAAUAAUAAUAAUAAUAAUAAUAAUAAUAAUGAUAAUAGGCGAAGGUAAUGACGAUAAUUAACGAUUAAUGAAUGAGGCUGAGUAUCUUAUGAAGAAUUAUGGAGAGAUCUCCCUAAUUCUUCAUAUGAUACGAAAGCCGAAUUCAUUAAUUGUUUUACAAUUCAUUCAAAAUAAUUCCUAGUUUAAAAAAUAGCUAAAACAUGCUUACCUCCAUCGAUGUUAAGUUCAUCUUCAAUAGUGCACGUUUAGGGGUGUUCAGCUCCACAAAUAUUCUCCAGAUAGCAGAUGUCGCCCUUCGAGUUGUCUUCUUGCUGUUCUUACCAUGUUUUUAGCUAUUAUUCCGCCUAGUUGUUACUCUUGAAACGAGUGAAAUGUCCGCCAUUUUUGUUUUCACGACCAAAACAACUCAACCUUGUCCCCAGUUCUUCUCGGUUAACGGUGCAUUAACCUACAAAAACGCUGCACUUUUGACGUCAUCGGUUCAUUAAACGCAAAAUUCUUCCAAAUGGCUAUGGUGAAUUAUGCGUGUGCUUUUCGCCAAUCAGAAUCGGGGAAAUAUUUUGAAUGAAUAAUAAUGAUAAUUAUGAUGGUAAUGACGAUGGUAGCGUUGCAGCCUACUAGUGACUCACUGGUUUCCCCGCGAAGUGACGUCUGAGAAACAAGCGCAGACAUUCCAUACUGAUGACGUGCCACUACCCAGAUCUGGGUAGUGCUUCUGACUGACUAAAACAAAUCUCCCUAGCGGCACGACCAAUCAGAAGCACUACCCAGAUCUGGCUGGUGACACGUCAUCAGUAUGGAAUUUCUGCGCUCGUUCCUGAGACGUCAUUUCGCAGGGAAACAAGUAGUGGCGUCGCGAAAUGUCGGCGUUUUCUCAGGCUAUUAACAAUGAUGAUACUGCUGAUGAUGACGAUUAUAACGAGAUGUUGAUGGUGGUAGUGGUGGUGGUGAUGCUGUCUGAAUGUGGGGCAAAUGCGAAACAGACUUUUGAGUGCUUAUAACUCAAAUCAGUGUCCGAAUAUGUGAUCCAGGAGUCAUCAGCAAGCAUCAGGAGCUGUUGAAGACACAGUUUAUUCAACCUCGAGGUUGAAGCAAAUUGGAAAAUCGUCAUUGUGAAUGGCCGAUUGUGCUUUGUUCCGACGUCGACGAUGACUUAGCUUGAGACGUUGAACGAAAUUCGUUUGUACCCCCUCGAUCAUAAACACAACCAUGAAAACGCCCUAUCUUCUAACAACAUAUAGUUUUAAGGCAGGAUGGUGCAGUGGUGAAGGCACUCGCCUUCCAGUAAUGUGGCCGGGGUCCAAAUCCGGGCGUCGACCCCAUAUGUGGGUUGAGUUUGUUGUUGGUUCUCUCCUUUACUCUCAGAGGUUUUUGUCCGGUUCAUCUGGUUUUCCCCUCUCCUCAAGCACCAACACUUCCAAAUUUCAAUUCGUUCUGAAACGCACAGACACGUUUAAACGAAUUCUUAAGAACUCCUAAAUGCUUCGUGGGUAAACAAAUUACCCCCCCCCCCCCCCCUUCCCUUACUCGAUGCCUAACCAUUAUUUCUCUCCUUAGGUUAAGUCAACACAGAUCUUCAUCCGGGACAGCAGCAUGGUUCACCCGGUGGCUUUGAUUCUCUUGUCGGGAAAAGAUGUAAAGCAGAUACGCUAUGAAAUACGUCAUGGUAUGUAUCACAUUACAGAGCUGCAUGUCAUGCCUAUAGUAUUAUUGGCAUGCGGUUUUCCACCGUAGACCAGGCUCCUUUUUAUUGAAGUAAUAUAUUCUUUGUUAGACUGCGAGCAGUCUCUCUUUUUCACAUGCGCGUGGCCAUUAGCGUAUCUCGCGUUUUGCUCGACGGACUACAGAAAAAAGAGAGGCUGCUCGUAGUCUAAUUCUUUGUUAUCUUCUGACUCGGACUCGUUCUGUCACCCUGCCAGUAGAACCGCCUUUCUUUCGCUUACUCGAUUUUGGCGUAUUCGAGAAAGACCUUGCAUGAAUCGUGUAAAAUCUUUGUUGAGCAUGUGCUGUAUAUCGCUAGGAUACAUCUUCGAACCCAGGCUUAAUAUCCGUGCGCUCGGUACAGUUGAGUGGGCUCAGUUGUGAACAUCGGUUCAUCAUUAAACGGAUGCUCGCACACAAAAACCUUGUUUGACGCGAAAAAAUAAGGUUGACUAGUUCAGAAGUUUGGGUUGCGGCGACUUAGAAGAUUUUUCCUGAGGGGAGGAGGGUCUGUACACUGGCUAGUAUGAUAUCGUUCUGUAUGUUCGUUGAUAUCUGUUACGUUCGUCCUGUUUGAUCAGAACUACAAGCACAGAAAAAUAAGUAAAAGAAUAAAGAUUGGGAGAUUUCAACUUUAUCUCAGUAUUAAAGUUGUGAAAUAUCGUAAGUAACCUCGACGAUCUUUCACGUGUAAAAUCUUUGUUCCGCAGUUUAAAUAUAUGUAAAUUCACAUAUUUUUUUUUAUUUACCUUAAUAUGUAUGCGAAAGAAUUACGUAUAACGCUGGAGAAUUAGCUCUUUUUGUUAUCUGGGGGUUAUUUUGUCUAAAAAAAUCUAGCCUGUGUGGGCGGAAUCCCCCUUCCCUUCCCUUUCAAACGCCUGCCAUGCAGGCUCAAGAAAAUCUAGCCUAGAUACAUUGUUCGUUUAUAUUCUUGGUCUUAGGCCCCGCUCCGUCACCCCACGAGCCUCGAGUCACUCUGGCUGUCGAUGGAGACCGCUGGAUGGCGUUUCAUUGCUCGCCAAGACUGGCUCGCGUACUGCAGGCGAUUAGAGAAGAAAUAAAACAGAUGGUAUCUAGCAGCAUAUCCCCCGCAUCAACCAACAACGCGUUAUUUCACCAUCAUACAAAACUGAUUGAAGUUAUCAGCCUUCUGCUUACUUUACCAAUCCAAGAAUCGUACCCGAAUCUAGGUUGACCUACGUUGCUGAUGCUAACAUACGCCGUCGAUCCACAGUCGAGCUGUGAUGAGUUCUCGUGAAGACCUAGUGAUCAAGCGUGUUGGUUUGACUUGCUAUGGAAUGUUGUGGCUCUUUGGGCUCUUUUGUGUGGAAACGAAUAAUGUUAGAUCAUACAGUGUUUUAGCCCCACACUCCUCCCCCAGCCUUUCCUCGUGAGGCUGUAAAGCAUAUGACGCGUUGCCUUUCUAAAUUAUCACUUUCAUCUUUUUUGAGCGCGCUCUCUCCCUCUCUUUAAACUGCCCACCUACCCCUCCCCCAAGCCAACAAUAACACCCACUUCUCACUUGGAGCGAAAUGUUGGCUUAGGGGAGGGGAAGAUGGGCAGUUCCCCAGAAACGUAUAAUGAGUAAAACAGAGUGAGAUCUGGGUACGAGAUUAGUGGGCCCCAGAAAAAAAGGGCGCGCGAGAAGGAGACACCCCUCGCGUGUCUCCCUCGCGCGCGCCCGUUGUCUCUUUCGCCCACUACUUCCAAGCGCCUGCUACGCAGGCUAAAUGAUCCAUCGAUUACAACCUAACGAAGGAAACUUAGUGAAUCCUGAUCAAAAACGGCGUAGUGACUUAACGACAACUCACAAAUAUAUAACUUGGUCAAGCACCCUUCUAAGCCAUGCAAAUAUUCUCUUCAGUAUUCUCUCUACAACGGCCACCUCGGGGACAGAAGAAAGUGGCCGUUGUAGAGAGCUUUUAAACAAGAGUCAAUGUAUGGAUUUUUUGUUCGCCGGGAUGAAAAACUGUGGCCGUUGUAGAGAGGUGGCCGUUAGCAAAGGUUCGGUUGUAUUUGCUUUAAUUCUCUGUCUGCCAAGAACUUAUAAAAGGUGAACUGUAGCCUAGAAAUCAGCACUCUUAGCAUGUGCAAUUUUGAUGGUCAACUGCACUUUUAAGCAGGAGAACAAUUCUUGCAAGGACCACUUGGACAAACAGAAGCGAGGGAAAGCCGGAUCUUGUCGUAGAUCAGAAUCAGCAAUAUAAAUUAACACUUAAAAUUGAAGGCAAGG